AUGGCCGAGUCAUCAAAACAGAGAAUUUUAUACUUAGAUACUAUAAAAGAAGACAAUGCUAUGGAUGUCACUGAUUUCUCUGUUUAUUACGAUAUAGAGACAAACAAGACUAUAAAACGCAUGAUGCCCAGACCAUGGUACAAACCAGGCUGGUUAUUAAGACUACCUUUCCGAGGAGGCCCCUGCGAAUGCGAUGGCUUGCAAUGUAAAUGUUGCACGGGUGUUAGAAUACAAGCUUUCAACUUUGAUAGACGGACUUGCGCAACAUUAACUUAUGAACCAGUGGAUUCAACACUUGAUUUGGAAGUAAUGAUGAACAAUGCGAGUGUUUUCAGGGAUUCCUUUUCAACGCGUAAUCCACCGCCCUUCUGCAUACCGAUACCGGUACCAUAUUUACCGCCUGGAUUGGUCGACAUGUGUGUCAGACUGUUUGAUAUUUCUAUUGUAGAACAAAGGUUACAUGUUUGCAUGGACAUGGACACAAGGAUUGAUAAGGCACCCGUUGUAAUUCUACAUUUUGAUUGUAUGGACAUGGGAGCUACUGGCGUAGGGCUAUCAAAACCAGGCGGUGGUGGUACUCAGCCUAAUAUAUCCGAAAAUUCCUCUAGUGUGACCACACAAGAACCUAUACAAAUAGAUAGUGAUGUAUAUGAUGUUGUUACUGAAAGUGUAGAGACAACAGAAAAAUCUACUUUUAAAAGCAUUAAAUAUAUUUGA